AUGGAAGAGGACUGCUACCAAUUGAAUCUUUCAUCAGCAAAGAUGCCAUUCAAUGGUGACUAUAGCGGGAAUGUCAGUUAUGCGGUAUUGGAUGGCGGAGCAGUGGAGGGCUCGGGCUGCCACAUGAAUGAAAGUGGCACAGUGUGGGGUUAUGGUGAUGAUGGCCUAAUGAAGUUUAUGAUGGAUUUGAGGGAAAUAUCAUCGAUCUUAUUACCAGUGAUAUACGGCCUUGUUCUCGUCGUUGGGAUAUCCGGGAAUAGUUUAGUGAUAUACGUUAUAUUAAACAACAAGAAAAUGAAGACCUGCCCCAACAUGUUGUUUCUGAACCUUGCCGUCGCUGACUUACUGUUCUUGUUGUUUUGUGUUCCGCUGCAGAGCGCUGUCGCCAUCUCAAAAUGGCGCCUUAUGAUUGGGGACGUGUUAUGUAAGAUGUUACGUUUCACGACUUAUGUCACCAUGGGAGUGAGCGCCUAUUCUCUUGCCGUCAUUUGCAUGUUCCGCUGCAGGGCGAUAGCGUCUCCGAUACGGGCGUCUCAGUUCCUAACCAGACGCCAUGCCAUUACCGUCAGUGUGAUCGUAUGGCUGGCUAUGCUGGCUUUCAACAUACCAACGGCUUUAUAUUACCGGGAGAUUGACCAAUGUAGUAUGCACACGGAGACGGACGUGGAGUUCUAUCUACUCUUCUCUAUUAUAAGCGGUAUAGAUUUUUUUAUACCUGUGACCCUCCUCGCACUCUCCACGGUAGCCAUUGUGUGCCACAUCAGGAGAAGCAGGUUUACCCCGGAGAGCGAAACCCUGGUGGCCGCCGGUUAUAACCCACGAAUCAUCGUAGUCCUGGUGGCCGUGACCGCCGUCUUUGUGUUGUGCUGGGGACCGUUCCACGUUAACUUCAUCCUCAUGAUGUUGGAGGUGCGGGGGAUUAGUCGAGCCUGGGUUGUGACGUCCAUAUCAUCCAUCGUACUGGCCUCGGCCAAUUCUUGCCUUAACCCUAUCAUAUAUAACUUUGUUUCCAAGGAGUUCCGGAAAGCGUUCCGCCAAACCAUGAGUACGGUGAUGAGGUCACGGGAGCACAGCUGCAGCGGACAUACUGUGGUCAGUAUGAGGUCGCUCCGGACAUCUGCAAGAAACACGAACUCUUGCACGUCUAACGAGGUUUGA